CUUCACAACAUCUGGACAUUUAAAUCUUCAUCAGAGAGUCACACUGGAGAGAAUCUACACAGCUGUGAUCUAUGUGGUAAAACCUUUUGUAGGAGGGGUAACCUAGUAGUCCACCGACGUGCUCACACCAGAGAGAAACCGUACCGGUGUGAACAGUGUGGCAAAACCUUUACUAAUAGUAGUAGCUUUAAAUUUCACCAGCGCACCCACACUGGAGAGAAGCCGUACAGCUGUGAUCUAUGUGGUAAAACCUUUUCUAGGAGGGAUAGCCUAGUAGUCCACCAACGUGUUCACACCGGAGAGAAACCGUACCGGUGUGAACAGUGUGGCAAAACCUUUACUAAUAAAACUGGCUUUAAAUCUCACCAGCGCAGACACGGUGCAGAGAAGCCGUACAGCUGUGAUCUAUGUGGGGCAGCUUUCAAACGACAGAACAACCUAAAAUCACAUCAACGCGUUCACACUGGAGAGAAUCUACAUAGCUGUGAUCUAUGUGGUAAAACCUUUUCUAGGAGGGGUAGCCUAGUAGUCCACCAACAUGUUCACACCGGAGAGAAACCGUAUCGGUGUGAACACUGUGGGAAAAUGUUUCCUAAGAGGGGUGACCUUAAAACACAUCAACGCAUCCACACUGGAGAGAAGCCGUACAGCUGUGAACACUGUGGGAAAAUAUUUUCUGGGAGUAGUAACCUUAUAAAACAUCAACGCACUCACACUGGAGAGAAGCCGUACAACUGUGAUCUAUGUGGUAAAACCUUUUCAAGGAGGGAGAGACCGUACCGGUGUGAACAAUGUGGCAAAACCUUUACUAAUAAUAAAAGCUUUAAAUCUCACCAGCGCAUUCACACUGGAGAGAAGCCGUACUGCUGUGAUCUAUGUGGUAAAGCCUUUCUUCGAAGUACCGACUUUAAAAGACACCAGCUCGUUCACAAUGGAGAGAAGCCGCACAGGUGUGAACACUGUGGGAAAAUGUUUUCUAAGAGGGGUGACCUUAAAACACAUCAACGCAUCCACACUGGAGAGAAGCCGUACAGCUGUGAACACUGUGGGAAAAUGUUUUCUGGGAGUAGUAACCUUAUAAAACAUCAACGCGCUCACACUGGAGAGAAGCCGUUCAGCUGUGAUCUAUGUGGUCAAACCUUUUCUUGGAGUGAUAGCCUAGUAGUCCACCGACGUGUUCAUACCGGAGACAGACCGUACCGGUGUGAACAAUGUGGCAAAACCUUUACUAAUAAUAGUGGCUUUAAAUCUCACCAGCGCAUUCACACUGGAGAGAAGUCGUACUGCUGUGAUCUAUGUGGUAAAGCCUUUCUUCGAAGUAUUGACUUUAAAAGACACCAGCUUGUUCACACCGGAGAGAAGCCGCACAGGUGUGAACACUGUGGGAAAAUGUUUUCUAAGAGGGGUGACCUUAAAACACAUCAACGCAUCCACACUGGAGAGAAGCCGUACAGCUGUGAACACUGUGGGAAAAGGUUUUCUGGGAGUAGUAACCUUAUAAACAUCAACGCACUCACCACUGGAGAGAAGCCGUCUCAGCUCGCCCCCACAGGGGUCAGACCGUUCUCUUAA